AUGACAAGCAAUGGGUCGACUAGCUGUGGUGGCAGCCAACCAUCCAUCUUUUCGCGGUUCAGGGAGAAGUUGCCAGACAAACCAUUGUUGGUCAGCGGCGCAGUCGGAGGACCAUGCGUGAUCUUCCUGUGCACGCCCUUGCGAAAUGGAUUGACCUUGGGCGCCCAGGACAAGAAGUCGGGCAUCGCUGGCUUAUACCGCAAGGUUUUCCGAGGUGGCACGCAAGCAGGUUGGACCGGCGGCUUGGCACCCGCUGUCGUCGCUUGCCCUCAGUUCCUCGCCGUUGGCCCCAUGUACCACUUCAUGAAUGGCGGUUUGAUGGAACUGACAUCUGCAUCCAAAUUGUUUUGUUCAGCAGUUGCUUCUUUCGGAGCUUCACUCCUUGAGACGUUUCUGACACACUGGGUUGCGGGUCUCGCUAGCGCAGAAUGCGGCAGCAUGGCCUUCGAGGGCAAGGCGAAAGCACGCGGAUCGCCUGAGGGGCAGAAUGAAGGCGUCCGGACGGGCCACGGCGGCCACGGCGGCCAAGGCCAGGGCCCUGCGGGUCCGGGCCCGCAGCGGAGCCGCGACAACUUUCUCUCGGCUGCGGUGCUGGGCAACAUGGUCAGUCUUGGGUCGGAUGCUGCCAAUGCUGGCAUGAUGGCGGUAAGACAUGCGCGGAUCAUCCAGCAACUCAUUCUGGCUUCUGGCAACGAAGCCAGCAAAGCUUACGAGAAAUGGCAGCGCCGGGGAAAAGCCUCGGUGUUCUCGAGGAAAGACGUGGAUGACCUGCAGAACGACGUCCGGAAAGCCGGGAACAAACUGCAGCAGAAGCGACGUGCGAACCUUCUACAGCGCCUGGCUACCGACGGGCCGUCGGCGCAGGACGCUUUUGGGAGCCGCCGUUCGAUGACGGAGACGCCGAAGCCCGAAGCGAGAGGUGCUGGAGCUUCCCCCGAGUCUCGCGAUUCCUUCGCCUCGGGCAGCGGAUCAGACCAGCCCGGGCGGCCCCGAUCGGGGCCUACUUCGCCCUCCUCGAGCGGAGAGACGAGCACAAGCAGCUCCUCAAGUGAUUCUGGGGACUCCGAUGAAGAGGUGCCAGGGCUGGGCUUCAUGCGCAUGGCCGGGCGAAGGGCGUCUUUCACGGAAUCGGAGAAUCCUGUCAACCUUGUCGCCCAGAGGAGAAUCGCGGUUCGUCAGCCGUCGCUGCUUCAGCAGCCCGCUCUGGGACAGCUGGUGCGGCAAUCCAUGCUGAGCCCGGGUGGUGGCCCUGGCGCCAUGCUCCAGCCGGGGCAGGGAAGCGAGGCGCGGCCGAAGAGGCAGUCGCAGUGGGGUCAGCUUGCAGGAUUGGCGAGGCUUCUCAUACCGAAAGAGGGGAGUGCAGGACCUGGAUCCAGCAUUUCUGCAGCACCAGACGAAGGCCGGAGUGAUGUGGAGCAAAGCGACACCCAAGACGAAGGGAUCAACGAAGGACGAACCUUGGAGCUCACAGCUGCUCAGAGACGGAAGCUGCCGGAGGUCUUUGGGAUCUCAAAAUUCCGUGACAGGACGACCAUCCUCGGACAGCAAUGGCAGGAGCCGGCCCCCACUUUGAAGCGCUUCCACCUCGAGGUGGCAGAGCGGCUUGGCCUCGAUGCCGAAGCGGGGGACUGGGAUCCAGGGCUGACCUACGAGAUGAGCGUCGCCAAGUUGGAGGAGCUGGCCGAGAGGAAGAUCUUGCGACAUCAGCAUCGGGCGGCCACGCGGAUCCAGAGCAGGUGGAGGAGCUACCAGAUCCGGAAGCCCCUGCGCCAGGUCAUCCUGCAACGGCUGGCGGCCCGGCAGCGACUCCGAAGCUGGAUUCGCCGGGUCAUCCGGAGGAGACGAGUGGCGGAUCGCAUGAACCACCUGCGCUUCUGUAUCCAAGCGGCCAUCACCAUCCAGGCGCAUAUCCGCCGGUGGAGGGUGCAGACACAGCUGGCCUCUGCAAAAGAUCUCCAUCGCGUACGGUACCGAAUGACCAUCUUGAGCAAAGAGCUUCUCGGGAGGAGCCGGAAAGAGGUGCUGACCUUCGGUUCCCAAUCCAGGUACAACAACUCCUUCGUUCUCUUCGCCUCCGUCGUGGAUGGGACUUGCGCGCAGAGACACUUCAUCCGUGUCCUUGUCUUUUUCGUUCUCUGCAUUCAGGACAUGUGGGGCCCUGGUGCCGAGGCACUCCUGAUCCGAAACUUCCUCAGUGUCAUGGCAGUCCGAAGCCUCUCACCUUGGCUACAGGAGCGGCUGCCGGAGAUGCGGGGCAAAGCGGGCCUUUGUGAUGUGGGGAGCUCCCUUGUGAUGUGCACCAUGACAGCCCCGGUUCACCAGCUCUUCAAUUUCCUCGCCACGAGCCCCGAGGAGCGCACCCUGGGAAAAAAGCAGCGUGUGGCGCGUGCGGCGGGCGCAAUGGGCGUUUCGGAGCGUCCGCCUUGGAAGAUGCUGGAAGCUCCGCUGCACUCGGCUCUUCACGCGACAGAGAGGCGAGUCGAGAGGCCGACGAAGCAAGCGCGCCUGGAGGUAUUCCAAGCAGAUCCGAACAGCUCGAGCACGCGACCAGAGGAGUCAACAGCCCAUCCGUCGGCAGCAGCCGUUGGUGUCCUUCAGAGACCGGCGGAAGAUCUGUCCAGCUCUCCUGGCCGCGCCAGGGCUGGUUCCAGCAUCCCCACCAACCCCCCCAGCAACCCCUCCGGCAACCCCAGCAAUGCCGGCAACCCACCCGGCAACCCACCCGGCAACCCCAGCAACCCGCCCGGCAACCCCCCCGGCAACCCCCCCAAUAACCCGCCCGGCAACCUCCCCGGCAACCACCACGGCAACCCCAGCCUCAGUAACUCGCCCAAUCCCUCCAGCAAGAAGGCACGAGAGCUUCUUCGCCAAUCCAGCUUCGAAGCCAGACUGGAAGCCUUCGUCGCGACGAACUUCGAGCAUGAGGCCGAGGCAGACGAGCUGAUCGAAGAGGCCCCUCGCCCGCCGGAGGAGCAAGCGAGGGAGCGCUUUGCUCGUCGCCUCGCAAGCGGUGUCGACGAGGUGUCGCUUCCGAGCCUGCUCUCGGAGCUGCAGACGGAGGCUCCCUCCUGGGGCAGCACGAGGCGGCUGCGCAGCGUGGCGCUCCUGCUCGUCUACGUGUCUCGGUCCUCUCGAGUGUGUCGGGGUGCUUUUGUGGCACAGGGCCUCCCACUGCUGGGAGAACUGAUGACCGAGUCUGUGCAAGUGCUGGAGGCCGGGCCAGACACGGAGCGCCAUGAGGCGGGGCUGCGAACUGUGGCAAGCCUCAGCUGCUUGAAUGCCCUCGCUGUUGGCCGCGCCACGAUGUGGGAGCAUCGGCAGAUCCUCGGCAAAGCCUUCGACCGACUACACCGUUGGUGCAGCCAGGAGAGGACGGCUUUGGCGGCUGAGCUGCGCGCCCCGACGCAGUCCUUGUCCAGGAGGUGGCGCCAACAACCCAAGCCAGCGGUGCAGGAUACUCCCGCCAACAAAGCCUUGCGGGUGAAGGUGCUGGAGCUGAUCCGACAGGGUCUGGAAGACGGUGCUGGGUCGCAUGCGACCGUGGCCUCGGAGAUCGAGGCGGCGCUCUACGCCCUCUACGCAGGCGCCAGCAGCGACUACCGGCAGCACGCCAGGAUGCUCCGUCACAACAUGAUUCAGCCCGAGAACGGCGCUCUCAGAAGACGAAUCCUGACGGGGGAAAUCGGUGCACAGGACUUGGUCCGAAUGGACUCGAGGUCCUUGGCGCCGGAGACACUGCAGGAGCAAAGGCGCCGGGAGGAGUUGGAAGCCUUGAAGAGCGUCGUCAUUGCAGAGGCCAAGAGCUCGUUCUCGCCCGCGCCACAAUCUUUCGACUGGCGAGAUGAAACCUACAACCCAAGUGCAUCCAGAGAAGAGGAAGAUGCCGGAACCCGGCAGGCCGUGCCGGCCUUCGCCGAGAGCUCUGCCGAGUUCAUGGAGCAGCCCACGCCGCUUCGCACCACCUCCCAGGGCGCCCCCAGCACACCCGAGGCCAUGGCGACCCCGGCGCCCGAGGAGGACGACGAGCAGGGGGACGAUCUGAUCCGCCAUUUCUCGCAGCGAGUGCACUGA